AUGGACGGAAAGAUUAAACUGCUCACAGUAGAAGAAGUCGCCCAACACAACAAGGAGGGCGACCUUUGGACCAUUAUAGAUGCCAAAGUCUUUGAUCUUACCAAAUUUUUGAAAUUCCAUCCAGGCGGGAAAGCCGUUCUGCUUGACGAUGAAGUCCGAGGAAAAGAUUGUACUGAACUCUUCUACUCGCUUCACCGCUCGGAGGUGUUAUUGCGGCCUCAGUAUGCUCGUCUUCAAAUUGGAAUCAUCGUCGGAGAGGAGGAACGUUUCAAACCUCUCCCACCUGGUUCCCUCAGUCCGGUCCCUUAUGGAGAGCCUGCAUGGUUGACACGGCCUUUCAAGUCCCCAUAUUACAAAGAGAGUCACUAUAGACUGCACAAGGAAUUCAGGAAAAUAUGCGAUGAGCUAAUUAUUCCAGAAGCUAAACGGUGUGAGGAGACAGGAGAUCGCAUAUCCCAGAAGGUCGUCGAGGAGCUUUCAAAAAUGAACAUCAUUGCAUUCAAACUUGGCCCGGGCCCUCACCUCAAAGGCUUGAAGCUCCUCGCAGACGUAAAGCCCGAAGAGUUUGACUAUUUCCACGAACUCCUACUCGGUCAAGAAUCAGCCCGAGCUGGGCAACGAGGAUUUAUCGAUGGCUUCCUCGCAGGGGCAUACAUCGGUCUUCCACCUAUCCUUAACUUUGCGAAUGACCGCAAACUCGCACAGCAGAUCACUCGUGAGGUCAUGGAAGGUUCAAAGGUAGUUGCGCUGGCUAUUUCGGAGGCGUUUGCGGGGAGCGACGUUUCUGGAUUGAGAUGUACUGCUCGGAAAAGCGAGGAUGGAAAGUGGUGGAUUGUGAAUGGAACGAAAAAGUGGAUUACGAAUGGGACGUUUGCAGACUAUUUCACCACAGCUUGCCGAACCAGUAAGCACGGUCUUACAAUGAUCGUCAUACCUCGUGGUCCAGGGGUGGAAACCAAACCUAUCAAAACUUCGUAUUCCUCAACGGCGGGAACGGCCUUCGUAUCGUUCGACGAUGUACGCGUGCCUGUUUCGCAUACCCUCGGAGAAGUGGAUAAAGGUCUCAAAGUCAUUUUGAGUAACUUUAACCAUGAGCGUUGGGGGAUGGUCGUCAACACUGUGCAACUAAUGCGCAAUAUUGUGGACGAGACUCUGAGGUGGUCGAAUCAGCGGAAAGUCUUUGGGAAGCCUUUGAUCGAGCAACCAGUGGUACGGAGCAGGAUCGCGCAGAUGAUCAGUCGCGUUGAAGUGUGCCAGACGUGGCUUGAACAUAUCACCCAUCAGAUGUGCAAUAUGACUUAUGCCCAACAAGCCAAUCAUCUUGCUGGACCGAUCGCUCUUUUGAAACAAUUCGCAACACGUUGUAGUCAGGAUACCGCACGGGAUGCGACUCAGCUAUUUGGGGGCCGAGGAAUCACGAAAACGGGUCUUGGAAGCGCAAUAGAGCAAUAUCAUCGAACUAUACCAUUCGACGCUAUCCUAGGUGGAACUGAAGAUAUCUUGGCUGAUUUGGGGGUUCGCCAAGCUCAACGUGCGAUUCCUAAGAAUAUACGUCUUUAGACUAUCAUAUCCCUGGUUACUACAUCAGCUUUCCAGCCACGCUGCUAUUCCGUUUGUGAUACUGGCUGUUAUCAUUACGACGACCUUGAUCCUCGUGGCGCCAUCCGCUUUUUGACACACUUGUUUAUGUGAGGACGAGUGCUCGAUUGGGGUGCAUACUAGAUCGACUCGGAUGUUUUGUCUUGUGUAACUACAUCUUAGAAUUGUGUCAAAUGUUUCUCCGGACGUUUGUGUCUCGGCG